CCGCCGCCGCCGCUCGCAGUGCCACCGUCUUUCUCCGACUUCCGCGUCGACCAAAGAGAACAACAGCUCCUCUUCCCUUCGCAAACAGAAGCGCUACAGACUUUUUUACCCUUCUAUCUUUUCCUUAUUUUUUGGGGGGUUUACCUCUUCAAAGGGUUUCGCCUCGACUCACGAAUGGUGAACGCCUCCGUGGAGCUCUUGUUGAACAGUAGUUGCUUCGGCUGUCACAGACGACAUAAAGACCCGCGGUUCCUCCAGGCCGUCAUGCUGAACACCGAGGAAAGUUCCUGGUUAGCGGGGUCCCGGCUGACCAGCUCCAUCCCUCAGACUCCAGGGCCUCUGUGGUGCUCCGAUGCCCCUCACCCACAUCUGAAGAUCCCGGGUGGGCGAGGGUCGGUCAGGGAUCACUGUCUCGGCGUGUUACUACACAAGGAUGAAAAGUUGACAGUGACGCAGGACACUCCAGCGAGUGGGAACCCCUCUCGACUCCGCUUCCACUACCAGCUGAGCGAACGCCGCUCGGCCUCCUGGGAUACAGCUCUUUCAGCGGACAGCCUUUUCCUGGAGAUCGCUGCGGAGCCGCUGGUCGAGGGGAGCAAGGAGGGGCUAACUGCUCUGCUCGAGUUUGCGGAAGAGAAGCUCAAAGUGAACUACGUGUUCCUGUGGUUCCAUAAAAAACGAGAGGAUCGAUUGUCCAUCAUCAAGACGUUCCACUACAUGGGCUUUGAGAUGGUGAAGCCGGGCAACCCCAUGGUACCAGCCCGGCCCGAUCUGGCCUUCAUGGUUUACUCUCUGGACAACAGCAGCUCAGACGAGGAGUGACGGGCCACAUCGCCUCCUGACACCUCGCUCACCCGCCCGGCCCCCCCACCCAGUCCCCGCCUCCCACAAAACAUGCCUUCGCCCCCGGUCAAACAAUGGAACCCCCGACUCUCGCUCGGACACCACCCCCUGCUCCACCUCACGGAUCCGUCGUCACUAACUGGGAGGUGUCCCCCUUUUCUUUUACAGACUUGUGAUUUAAGGAGGUGUUUGGGAGUGGUAUGAUUUCCAUGUGACGCCCUCGCCUCCCCCCUUUUUUCCCCCCUUCCCUGAGGACAAUUGCAGUUUGAAACAGGGAACAGUGAAGGUUGAACUGUCACAUGCGUUGUGGGAUUUGGGUUUUCUCCCCCCCCCCCCUGCUCGUGGUUCCUUUUUUGGCAGCAUUAUUUUGUCUGUGCUGCCGCCGACAAGACAACCAACUGUUGGACAUUCAGGAUAAGACGGUGUUUUACAUUAAAAUUCAGCAUAUCACUCGUCUGACAGCUUUCUACCUUUCAUAAGAGUAGAGACUCUGGUUUGUCUUUGUGUGCUGUAUACCACGAAGGACUAAGGAGAGGGAAUUAUGGGUUUGGUAUUGUUCAUGAAAUGUUGUUUAGAAUUAUAACAUAGAUGGGUGAACGCCCGAUCUCUUUACGUUUAACAUUAAAGCACAUGUAAACCUC